AUGUCCCGCCAACCCAAUGAAGACACCUUUGGGGCUGCGCUCGCCAAUGAGUUUCAGUGGCGGAAUUUGUACCUGAAGGAGUUCGGCUGCUGCACCUAUCCCCCGCCGAUCCCGAAGGACCCCAGCACCACUGCCGUUGGCGUCUAUCCGAUGCGACGGCAAGUCAAGCUCCUCCAACAAGAAAGCAGCAGCAGCAGCGAAGAUGCUGAUAACGAAGUGGAGGAGGACGACCACUAUGAGGAGUCCACAAACGAUACCGAUGGGGACGACAGCUACCAAGCGAACUUUAGCUCGGGCCUCUUCCAAUUCUCCUUCAGCGGCGGUGACAGUGAUGGAUGCCAUUCGCGAAAGCACCAAUCCCACAACGUCGACCUGGCAGAUGCAGAACCCCCCAGCACGAGUUGCUCGCGUCGCGACCGUAGCACGGCCGAUCAGUUUUUCAGCCUUGACUUGUCCAUGUCAGUUGGCGAGGAUGGGGCCAGCACGCACACCUCCCGUCACCCCAGCCACCACAGCGGUGGGCGACGGUGCGGUCAUGGCGCUGUCCUGCGCAAAGACGACUUCUUCGACACCAACGACGUUUUCUCGACAAAGUUCUUUAGUUUUCUGUGGAUGGGGUCGGACAACGACGGCCAUGACGAGGAAUACUCCAGCGAAACGCGCACGGUCGAUCACGAGGUUCGGCGCUGGGGAGCGCGCGACCCGGACAACGGGCGAGGCAUCAAGAGCAGCAUGCGAAGCACAAAGAACCCCGGUCGUCUCACGCUGUCGCGACCCGGCUUCUCGACGGUGACAAGUCACGCCUUCAACACGAAUCCGCAAGGAGUGCCGGAGGUGGUGCUGCGACUGCACCACCAGACAUGGAUCCUGCUGAUGGACAACCGCCUCAUGGCCUGGGUGCACCGCGCGGCCACCGAUCACUGUCAGCGGGCCACGCAGCUGCGCCAGCGCUUACUGGAAAUAAUUGCACUCGGCCCUUGUUCCGCUGACAUCGCCGGCGACGCCGCGCUCGCCUCGCCCACCCAGGUCAGGACCUCACUCGUGCUGCCGGAGGAAGACGCGCUGCAGCGCACCUUGGAGAGCUUCUCGCCUUUCUUUGUCGUUAUCGCGCCACCGCCGGCGGUGCAGCGGGCGAAGGAUCAGUUCCGGGCGGCGCAACGGGGACAGCUCCGCAGCGGCAACGGUCAGCAGGCCGCUGCCGCUUCCGUCGCCGACCUCAUCGGUCUCCCGCUGCUGAGUCAGUACGGCUCCUGGCGGGAGGCCUACGAGCACCGGCACCGCUGGGACAAGGCGCCCUUCUCUUUCUUUUUUAUCCAUGACGUCAGCUACAACUACGCGCAAGUCACGGCCUUGUUCGUGCAGCUGCAGCUGCUCUACACCCACUCCCAUUCCCACUCGCGGCGCUGUGCGGAGGCCAAGCGGGAGUCGGUGCCUCUGAAGAGCGCCAGUCGUCAAUUUGCCACCUCGAGCACCGCUAGUCGCACCCCGGAGGAGCGGCGCCACGUGUGCCCGCUCCUGCUCAUGCAGGAGAUGACGGAGAACGUUGUUCUGGCCUACGAGCAAAGCUCUGCCCGCUCAGCGCUGCCGAUGCUGCGCCGCGUCCUCGAUUUUCUGACAGAUGCCGCGCUGGACGUGGUGACGGCGCACCGCUUUAUCAGCCGUAAGGCGGUCCUACGCCAGCACCAGUUUCAGCUGCCAGGCAUGACCACGGUGCGUCCUUUGCCAGUCGCGACAAGGGCUUCGGCGGCGACGGCGGCUGUGGCGGCGGCUUUCGACAUGUCACAAGCCACAGAGGAGGAUGGGUCGGCGGACGCUGCAGAGGAUAGGCGACUAACAAGCCGAAGCCUUGACGUCUCAAAGGAGGGGGACGGCGCGCCCAUGAAGGACGAGCUCUCCGGCACCGACGGCAGCGGCAUCCCCAUCAGCGGUGUUGAGCCGAAGCGCGUCACGGAGAGCGACAUCAACGCGCUCUUUGAAAUUGCCUACUGGUUCGCAGACGUGACCACCGCAAACGCCUCGGUGCCACUGGACCCAGCUCCGCCCGCAGGCAUGACGGCAGGGCAAUCCGCGGCGCGAGCGAUGCCGCCAAACACUUCACUAGAGGCGUUAAAGAAAAUGAGCCGAAGCUCUCCUGCUAGCACGCCACCCUUAGACACACCGACGGACCGCGCCGGCACCAACCACAGCGCAGCCGCCGCCGCUGGAGGUGGCGGUGCGGCCUUACCAAUGUAUAAAGUCCUCAGCGUUGAGGAAUCGCAGCUCUCUUCGCCGCCGAACAGCAAUGCCCUCUCCAUGACGGGAGCGGGUGACUCGUCGCUGUCGUCGUUGACGUCACGGUCGCAGCAGUACCUGCCUGGGCGCGUACAGGUGCACAACCCCGUCGAGUCCCUUGCGGAGGCGGUGGCGUUGCUGGAGGCGUACCGCAAGCCGCAACAACUGCGCGACGAUCGACCCGGCCGUGGCGGCCGCAGGAAGCGUCACAGCGUUUCGUUUGACCCGAGGGCCCGCAGUGGCGGCGCCGGAGCGAAGGGGUCCGCAUUGCCGAGUCUCACACCGAUCCCCGUCUCUGACUCCUUUAUAAGCUUUAUCAGCCCGUUGGUUGUCCUCACCACCUACCUCCGCCUACACGGCGGCACAUGGCUGAAGCAUCUCUGCCGCCGCGUCUUCGAGUCUCUGCGCAGGCCGAAUGUCUUGCUUUACGUCAACACCCUCGAGCUCGACGCCGCGUGGGCGUCCCUGCAGCUGCCAUCAUCACUGUCAUCACAAGAGACGACGAAAGCGAGCGUCGCGGCGGCGACGCGAGGGCGCCAACGCCUACUGAACCGGUCCAUUUCAUCUACGCCGCUAGCCCCGAGCACCGCUGCCAGCGCAGAGGCGGCGCGCAGCGAGUUUCUCCACGGCCUCGGCUGCCUGGAAGACCUCAUUUGCCAAGACAUCCUGUGCGCCCUCAACAACUUCUUCGGUUUCCUGUACGGAAAGCGAGCCGCGGCCGCGCGAUUGCCGCAAGGAAUUUCCAUCCUGCUCACCCAGUUCGUGUCCACCGUGCACCUAUACAUGCUCGAGAGCGUCGGCGCCACUCGUGCUGCAGCGGCGGCGGCGCCCGGCAACGGCAAUCGUAAUCGCUCGAUGCGGCCCGGCUCUCACCCUAGCCCGAGCGCUUCAGGAGGGGCCACGGCGGCUGAUGCCCCGAGCCGCAUCGUGGAAGACUGCCUACGUAUGUGCAAGCAGCGCUACUACGCUGGCUUGCGCCAACACGGCAGCGCCAAUGAGUGGGGAGAGGCCUAUGUGUCUGCCUUUCGCAAUCUUGACGGCCCCUUGAAGAGCUUCAGCGAUGGUACUGCGGCCGAGGCAACUGCAUCGACUGCCUCGCUGCCACGCCUCCUGCACACGAUUGAGCAGCACCGCCUCGCGAAAUUCAUCUUAUUCGACUGCUGGAUUCUGCCAGCCCUCAACAACGCCAUAGCGCUCGGCUACCUGGCUUCCGACUCACCGAUGCACCUCCGCUGGAACGUCGACGCGCUCGCACGCUAUCUCAAGAUCCUUGUGCACGCGCCCUUUGUUGAGCAGGACAAGACGAAUUUCUCCAGCCUCUUCCCAGAAGUCCCGAGAGGCUCCAGCCGACGCAGCACCGGCCACCCGCGUUCCAACGAUGUUCGUGACGGUAAGGGCGGCCGCGGCGCCGACAAGCAGCCAGGGAGCGGCAGACCUCCCUCUCAAGGCGAUGGCCGAGGCGCCGGACGACCCACAGUGCUGACUCUGCCGCCGUACCUCACCGGCAUCUACGACGUCGCCACCGGCUCGCUGGUGAGACUGCAGACCUCGAUACCCAUGACCGCUACCGCCGGAGACAACUGGUCCAAAAGGAUGUCGAGUGCAGCGGCCGCGGCAGAGCAUCCGACUGCACUCAGCGCGCCGUCGUCCACGCUGUCGAGCUCGAUGAGCACGGUGGCCCACGGCGAAUCUGUGCACAGCGAGGCACUGUCGCCUCGGUACACCGAUCAAAGCGGCGAGGACGUGUCGGCGGUGGAGACUCCAACGCAGGAGGGGCAGUCGAAGUGGACGCUGGAGGCCACGGCCCUCCCGUCUAGCGCCACCGCGACGCACGAGCCGCCGCCUCGUGCGGCUCCGCAGCAGCACUUCAAAGUGCAGCAAGCCGCGGCGGCAAACGAGUCGACAGUGACGCCACAGUCUGCGAGCUCCUCCCGUUUGUUUUUUAUCGCUGGGGAGUCUGUAGAGGCAGCCGCAGACAUGUCGUCGCCCGGCACGCAUCGCGACACGGGCAGCUUUGCCGGCUCACCCAAGGACGUGCAGGGCGAGCUGCCGAUGGGGUCGAGGGGCAAGAUCUCCGACGCGCCUUCGAGUAGCAUCACGCCCGCCCUCACCUCGCCGCACGCGUCGCCGCCGCCGCCGCUGAACCGCAUUCAGAGCAUUUUCAGCAGCGCCGACCAGCGCGCGACCGGUGCCGCUGUUGCGAUGACGCAUCCGUACGUGGUGAUGGACGACGCCGUGUGGUUGGACAUGUCCCCGGCGCUGCAAAACCUGAACGACUGCAUCGGGCUGACGUUCUGCGACCGCGGCACCGGUGAGGCGUUCGCCGGCGACACCGGGACUGUGGCGGCCAUAUCGCGGCUGCCCACGAUAAGCGCGCUCAGCGGGCAUGCAGACUCUCGCACUGGUGCGACCACAGCGCAUGGCGCGGCGGGUCAACGAGCCAGUGGGGCUCUGAGGGACUGCAGCACAUUUGUGGACCUCGCUCUCUUUGAUGUGCCGGCGUUGGAGAUGCUGAACGCCUUCACGUACGCGGCGUGCACGGACGACAGCAGCUACGUCGUCGUGUCCGAGUUCGAGGUUCUACCGUCGAUGGCGGCCGGGUGCCUCGAGAGGAUCUACGAGCUCGCCACCGAUACGCAUCCUAUGGUUCUCCACGCGCUGCAGAAGGGAGCCUUUCACUUCGCCUACAAUGACAGUGGCAGCGUACCGUCUGGGCUGACAUCAUUGUACACGGCUUGCAUGAACGGAGUACUGCUGCAUCCCCGCACCGCCGCGCAUGUGCUCAAGAACGUCAUGGACAACAAUCCACCCUUCUCUCACACGCUACUCAAGCCGGUGGCGGACACGACGGCGCUGGACCUGCUUGGCCACCUCGCCACCCACUCACGUGACGUGCCUAUGGUGGACGUGAACGCCGUUGUGCCGCUAAUCCACUCCAUGGUGCCCGACCGCAACUCUUCUGGAGGUGGAGGUAGACGAGUGCACGCAAGGACGGACGCUGCGAACAGUGGCAUGACACUGCCAGCCGUUGGCGCGCCGAACACCAGCACGACCUCGAGUGCAACCGUAUCUCACCGCUGGGAACGCGAGUCGCGCCGGCUGCUGCGCGAGUUGGUUUUCCUCACCACGGGCAACUCAGACAGCGGGCCGCCGCUGCCGCUCGCGCCGGGGCUUCGUCGGCCAGUGGGGCCACCUCACCCGAUUCACAUGCUUCGCGCCGGCGCAGCUCGCAUCGCGGAGGACACUGGCGGUAUGACGCCGAUGGUGUUCGACCCGUGGUGGCGCGCAAUGGUAGUGGCGCUGUGCGUGAAAGCAUCUAACGUGUUCGCCGAGUGCAGCGGCAAUCAGCCGGUGUUGUUCCAGGAUAUGUGCAACGCGCAGGCCGAGGAGUCUAAGCGUCUUAACCGGUACACCAUAGCCCACUUCGUCAACACGAAAGGCCGCGAGACGUGCGAGAAGGACGCUGUAGCGAUGAUGAGUGGGUCACAGCAAAGGCCGACCUCCAUCUCCGGGCGCGGCAGCUAUAUCGGCGACUUGCCCGCCUGGCCAGGUCGGAAGCGCAAGCGAAGGCCCAAGGCACGAGGGGUGACGGCGAGCGUUGGCGGAAAGCCAGCGUCCAUCGGCAGGAAGUCAAAGAAGAAGGGACGGAAGGCCGCCGCCGCUGCGGCGUGA